GAACCCAAGCCAGUGUCAAAAGGACCCAGUGUGGUGAAGAUCAAAGAGAAAAAAUCUCCAAAGAAGCAGACUGUUUUUGACCCAGCAGCCUUAGGUACUAUCUGUAGUUUUGGGAGCAUUUUAUUGAAAUUCCUCUGA